GUGAUAUUAUUUAUAUGAAGUCAAUAGUGUAUCAGUUUAUAUGUUGACAAAUGCAUUUAGCAAAAUCACGAUGGCACAAGAUCCUUGGUUUUUAAAGGAGGAUGGUUAUCUAAAUGUUAAUACUGAAACAUCAUUCAUUGUUCACCAUCCAAAUCUAAAUGUCAUACUGGUAUGCACAAAAUUGGGGAAAGUCACUGUCAUAGACGUCAAUUCUGGGGAUAUAUUACAAUCAACUACAAUAUCAGAUGAAACAUAUUCAAACAUUGGUGGCCGAUAUUUGUCUGGAAUUGAUAAAAUAUUAUUUUGGAAUGGUUUGGGAAUUGGACUGCGAUCUGAUUAUAAUGGUGUCCUCUUGCUACCAACAAUUUUACAAAUUCCUACAUUUGAUAUCAAGCAAAACAUAAAAUUAGAACUCCUACUUUCUGAGGCUGUAUUACUAAGACAAUCUCUUAAAGGACUGAUUUUGCCAAGUAAUGGACAGUGGGCAGAUUUUGCCAGUAUGUUAGAUCUGAAAAUUGAUGUAGCCAAAUCAACUCCAAAGAAAGGAAUUAAAGCCCAGAAGUGGAAUAUUGUAGAGUUAAAUAUGCCAUUAGGUGUUUUACAAACAAUAGUAUCACUAUUACACUCAGACAUGAAGUCAAGUGAACAAUGCUCACCUGGUAUGGCCAUUGUUGCUUCUAUGCAUGAAAGACUUUUAACACUAUCCACUGGGACAUUGGAUUGGAGUGUCACUGCUACUUCUGGUCUAAAUAAUUCUUCAACACCAACAGCAAAUCAACAAAUUGAUACAUUGUUAGAACAAUCUGGUUCGGGCUCGGGCCAAUCAAGUGAAGAUCCUGAUAGGGAAAAUAUGUUUUCAGAAGCUGCUAGACGAAAAACAUUUGAUAAGUGGCCUCACAUGGAUUAUAAAUGGGCUCUUCCGGAUCAAAUGGCCCAAGCCGGUUUUUAUUACAAGCCAACAUCAGUGGGAGAUGAUAGAGCAAUGUGUUUCACAUGUAGUGUGUGUUUAGUAUGCUGGGACCGAACUGAUGAGCCUUGGAGUGAACAUGAGAGGCAUUCUCCGGGAUGUCCUUUUGUAAAAGGAGAAUAUACACAGAAUGUUCCUAUAGCAGUUUCUUACGCUACUGGAACAGCUGGAAGUUACUCAGAUAUUCAAACUGUAUCUGAUGGUGAUCACCCAGAAAUCAUUUGCACCAGUAAAUCUGAUAAUGAGAUUACUAUUUGGUCUGUUAAUAGAGAUUUGGAAAAGCAACUUAGUUUUAAUAUCACUCCUGAUAUCUUAGAAUUGAAAGAUUCUCCAAAUGAAUCAAUUUCCAUAACAGCACUUGCAAUUCUAUCAUCUUUGAAUGAUCAAAAAGCAAAUUCGAAAUCUGCAAGUAGCACAUGUAUGACAAACCUAAAUAAAGAUAUGACCCAGAUUAUUUGUGGUGUGACAGCUCAAAAUUGUUCAUAUAUUGUUCAAUAUGAAUAUAUAACUACUCCUUCCAACGAACCUACCAAUAAUGAUGAAACUACUAGCCCUGGUAUAGGUGGUGGAGCUCGAAAAGCAAAUUCCACAAAUAUCCAAAAUAUGAAAGAUGAAGUUGUCGUUAUGUAUGUGGAUGAUAACAGUCAUAUACCGCAUCAAUUAGGUCUGAAGAAGAAAAAAAAGAAGUCGAAAGAUAAACAAACAAUUUUAACUGCGUUUCAUUUCACAAAUGAUCAAGAUCAUCAAAAUUCAGAACUUUUCGGUAUACCAGAAAAUCCUGAUGAUGAUACUGGUUGUAAUAAAAUAUAA